AUGAAUAUUCCUCCUCAACGAAACCGUCAGUCUGUAGUACAAACUACAUCAGCUGCAGAUAAUAACCUACCCAACGCCUGUGAAAAAUAUAACGAUUAUUUCGCCAAUAACAGUGAUGAUGAACCAAUGGACGGGAGUAACCGAUCGAACUGUCAGCUUGGUUUGGAGGUGUGUCCUUGUGAAUUAUCGGGGCUCGCCGGUCGUUUCGCCAGGUGUAUUCCGAUUGGCUUAUUACCGGUGAUGAUUAUGCACGAACUGGAGAACAAAUUCCAGUCCAACGCCGACGUGACGAUUCCGACUUGCUAUCCCGCCAACGCUGGACCGAUAUGCUGCACGGAUCAUGACGAAGGGACCGAACUUCAAAACAUUCAAACUAAUUUAGUGGAACCGACGCCCAUCGUUACUUCGGCUGAACUGAUUACCGAACCUCAAGUGACCAACCUGGGAGAGUUUCCGUGGUCGGCAUUGAUACAGUACCGUAAAAUGCAUGGAUUCUUUGGAUUUCACUGCGGCGGAUCGUUGAUUCACGAACGCUUCGUGAUAACCGCCGCUCACUGUAUCAAAGCAAUACCUCCGAUUUGGAAAGUUUUUCGUGUUCGUCUCGGAGAGUAUGAUACUAAGAACGGAAACUUAGACUGUGUAAACGGACGAUGUGCCGAUGUACCGCUAGACAUUGAAGUCGACCAGAUUCGGGUUCACGAGAGUUAUACAGCCCGCGAUGUUAGUCAGCUUAACGACAUUGCAUUGAUUCGACUAAUGUUAAGCGUUCGAAUGACAGAUUUCGUUCAACCAAUUCAGUUGGCAUCGGGUGCCAUGGAAAACAUGAUGAUGAACGGUGCCCCAAUGGAAGUUGUGUCCGCCGGAUGGGGAAGAACGAAAACCGGUAAUUCCAGCAAUGUGAAGCUCAAAGUACGAUUAGAUAUCAGUGACUUCAACGCUUGCACGGAGGCUUACGAGCAUGCCGGAGCGCAGCUGCAGGAUACUCAAAUCUGUGCCAGUGAGUGGCGAGGAACCGGUAUCUGCAGUUGCGAUUCCGGGGGUCCCCUGAUGGUGCAGACAAGCAAUAGCUACUAUCUCGUCGGAAUAGUCAGUUUCGGGCCUGCCAAUUGUGGCAUGAAGGACGUGCCGGGGGUGUAUACCAAUGUGAUGAAAUAUACUGACUGGGUUUCUAGCCACAUCCGAUACAACGUCCAUGGCAGCGACAUCAGCUUCGGCGUCAGAAGCAGUACCGAAGUUACCGAAGCGAAAAAUGUUGCGAACAGCUCGCAAGAAUUCACCGUUGAGUUAGACUCCACGCCAUCGAGACAAACAUUUGGAGGAAUGGAUGAACAUUUUCGCUUUGAGUUGACAAAUGUCCAGAACUUCUUGGGAUUCCGUCGAAGAAACGAUCUUGCCCCAGCCGUCGUCGUCGUCGUCGUAUUCGUUGUUGUCGGCGUAAGAGACAGAGAGAGAAGAGCCAUCCAAGAUCAACCUGUUUUGCUUCCCAGUGCGUUCCUCAGUUGGUGUGUCUGUGUGUAUCGAUCAACCCGCGGAGGGGUUCUGCGGACUCUAAUCAGGCGUAAUCAGUAUCGAACGGGAUUUCCUAGUGAAAUGACGAUCUUUUUGAGGUUUUGGGUGGGGUUCGUUAUAAUUGUUGCGAUUCAGGCUGUCGAUUUGUAUGACCCUUGCGAAGAUGCAUCCGGGGCUCCGGGUCUCUGUGUUCCGAUUAAGUCUUGUGAGCCGAUUAGUGCAAUCCUGAAGCGAGGCAAUCUUUCCAGUGAAGAACGGAUUUACUUGAAAAAAUCCAAUUGCGGAAUGAUGGGUUCCGGAAGGGCCAUCUGUUGCCCACUUCCGAAGAUGCUGAAGGCUCGAUUUAGUGCCCCUGCGACUCUACCUGCAGUUGGCAUUUGUGGAGUAGAUUCUGGCAGCCGUAUCGUCGGAGGAGAAGUAGCUCAACUGGAUGAAUAUCCAUGGUUGGCGAGAAUUCAGUACUACAAAUCCAACAAGCGCUUCGGAUUCCACUGUGGUGGGGUUCUGAUCAAUGAUCGUUACGUAUUGACUGCGGCUCAUUGCAUCCAAAAUGUUCCGACUUCUUGGAAAGUUUACAAAAUUCGCCUGGGCGAGUACGAUACCGAGUCGGACGUGGAGUGCAACUUCCAUGACAAAGACGACUGUGCCAAUUCGGUCCAGGACGUGUUGAUAUCUUCGUACUACAUCCACGAAGACUACUUCCAGGAGAAUGGUGCCGAUUACAAUGAUAUCGCGCUGAUCCGACUAUCGACACCCGUUAACUAUACCGCAUAUAUCAGCCCCAUCUGUUUACCAGUCACCGAUGAGUUGAAGAAACUUUCAACCGAAGGCAAAAAAAUGACUGUCGCUGGAUGGGGACAGACGGAGACAGGGACGCCUAGCAGAUAUAAGAAAUUCCUGCAAAUUGAAGGCUGGCAAAAUGCUCGCUGUGAGGAGGCCUUUACCUCGGCCAACGUCGACAUCAUCGAGAGUCAACUCUGCGCGGGUGGCACCAAAGGCGAGGAUUCCUGUCGAGGCGAUUCCGGCGGACCGUUAAUGAAGCUCGAGACAGUCGGCAGGCAGUCGGCAUGGUUCCUCAAAGGUAUCGUGAGCUUCGGUUCCAAUAAGUGUGGAACGGAAAAUGUUCCGGGCGUUUAUACUAGACUUAGUAACUAUGUGGAUUGGAUCCUGGAGAACAUUGAAGAGUAAUAAUA